GCGGCAGUUCUGCGCGCGAUCUCCUCACGAUCAGUGGUGUGCACCCUUCGACGCAUGUGAGGCUAGCCAAGGUGUUUAGAGGCGUCCUACGCGCGGCGUAAAUUAUCAGUGAAACCGCCGGCCGGCCCUUGGAUUCGUUUCUCUAACUUUUGACCACUGGAAUCAUCCCUCGGAACUUCUCACACGUGGCAGCCUCGGAUCUGCUUCUGUCAACUUUCGGAAUGUCCGGCGACUGCAAUGAGGAACCUGAAUCGACGUAGCGCACGAAGCGCUUCAGGCCAGCUCCAUGGCCUGCUAUCUCCAGCGAAACACGGCCUUGUAUGCCGUGUUCCUGUUCGUCAUAGUCGUAUUGGUCAGUGGACGAGGAGUGAUACUGGACAGUCAAGGACCAGUCUUAGUCACGGAGCCACGAUCGACGGUGGAGUUUGCCAACGACAGUGGUACAAUGAUGCAUUGUUCCGCACACGGAAGCCCAGCACCGAGGGUUGACUGGUUAAUGGGCGACGGUGCUCCGGUCCUACCGAUUCCAAACAUUCGUGAAAUGCUCAGGAACGGUUCAAUAUACUUUCUACCGUUCGGAGCGGAAAGCUAUCGCCAUGACGUCCACUCGGCUGUGUACAGGUGCCAAGCUUCGAACAGUGUUGGACGGGUUCUGGGCCGGGAGAUUAGCGUCCGAGCCGUUGUCCGCCAAAAGUACGAGGUUCAAGUACGCGACACUUACGUUCUGGCUGGAAACACAGGAGUCCUGAGGUGCGAGAUACCGACCUUCGUCAAAGAAUACGUCGCUGUUACAUCCUGGGUGCAGGAUUCCGCCUUCAACAUUUACCCGGAACCAAAAAACGAUGGAAAAUACCACAUGCUGCCGACGGGAGAGCUCCUCAUAUUCGCGGUGAGUACUGCCGAUGCACAUUCGAGCUACCGAUGUCGAACCGUCCAUCACGUGACUGGAGACACGGUCGAAAGUUCAUCGUACGCACGCCUAGUGGUGACCGAACACCGCAACCCGGUACCGCCUCGAUUUAACGAACGAGUGAGCCCAGCGCCCGUUCGAACGGGGGAAACAGCCGUGCUGUCCUGCAUCUCCCAGGGGAUUCCACCCCCUAACUAUCUCUGGUUUCGCGAGAAAGGGAACGGGGCUGAGGCGGUAGGGAAUUCGGAACGAGUCCACGCCAGAGCCGGCGUCCUGGUACUUCAAUCGGCGAGGACCGAAGACGCGGGACGCUACGUCUGCCACGCCAAUAAUACUGCCGGCUCGGAAAGGGUCGAACUCGAGGUGUUCGUCAUCAGCAGCUUGUCGGUUCAUCUAACCCCUCAACAGAUCACGGUGGACCUUGGUAAGGACACGGAGUUCCAAUGCGCCGUUAGCGGACAACCGACUCCCGUCAUUUCCUGGACCAAAGACGGUCUCCCGCUGAGGGACACGUCUUCUAGCAGGAUCAGAGUCGCGGGUCACAGUGGCUCGACCCUCCACAUCACUGGCGUUAGUCGGGAUGAUCGCGGAAUGUAUCAGUGCUUUGCCAAAAAUGACUACGAGAUGGUUCAAGCGACUGCGGAGCUGCGUUUGGGAGACGCCUCGCCUCAGCUGGUUUACAAGUUUAUCGAACAGACGAUACAGCCGGGACCAUCCGUUUCUCUGAAAUGCAUCGCAGCGGGAAAUCCGACUCCCCAUUUCACCUGGACUUUGGAUGGGUUUGCUCUUCCUCAGAACGACAGGUUCGUAAUUGGCCAGUACGUGACCGUUCACGGUGACGUCAUAUCUCACGUGAACGUUAGUGCAGUUCGCGUGGAAGACGGCGGUGAAUACAGAUGCACGGCGUCGAACCGUGUCUCCAAGGUUCAUCACUCGGCACGUCUCAAUAUCUAUGGAUUGCCGCACGUCCGUCCGAUGGGCAACUACGCAGCCGUUGCUGGCGAAACAACGAUUAUAAAAUGUCCAGUGGCUGGUUUUCCGAUUGCCAGUAUCACGUGGGAAAAGAACGGUCAGCUGCUUCCAACGAGUCGACGCCAAGAGGUUUCUAGCAAUGGGACUUUGGUCUUACACCACGUCGACAGCAGUACCGAUCGUGGCGCCUACACAUGCACAGCCAAAAACAAACAGGGUCACGCUUCAUCGGAAACCGUCAUCAUCGAGGUCAAAGUUCCGCCUAGGAUAGCUCCUUUUAAUUUUAACAAGGACUUAUCCGAGGGCGUGCGGACCCAGGUGACCUGCAUGAUCGAAAAAGGUGAUCCACCAUUCACAAUCACGUGGUUGAAAAAUGGCGAACAGAUCGACGCCUCCGGUGGCGCGAACUUUGGCUCACUAGGAGCCUCUGGAUCAUCCAGAGUGAUUCAAUCUCCCGGACUGAGAGUGACCAGUAUCGACGCACAUUCCAGUACCAUAGUUAUCGAACGGGUCAGUGCUACCCACACCGGAAAUUAUACAUGCGUCGCCCGCAACUCCGUCGCUGAGGUCUCUUGGAUGGCCGAGUUAGUCGUUAGUGUACCGCCACGUUGGGUGAUGGAACCUCAAGAUGUUCACGCGCCGGAAGGCAUGUCACGUUUAGAGCUCCAUUGUCAUGCUGAUGGAUUUCCAAAACCUGCAGUUACGUGGCGAAGAGCGACUGGUAGACGUCCCUGGAAUUACACAGAUUUAGUCAGCCACCAGCAUGCUCAGGAUCUGAGGAUUCAUUCUAACGGAUCACUCGUAUUCGGCAGAGUUCAAGAGAACCAUGAAGGAUUCUAUGUCUGUGAAGCUGUUAAUGGAAUUGGUGCAGGUCUCAGUAAAGUCGUUUACUUGACAGUCAAUGCGCCAGCGCACUUUGUAGAAAAGCAUCGUAAUCAAACUGCGAGAUUAGGAUCAAGCGCCAAUCUGCGUUGCGAAGCAAAGGGCGAUCACCCUUUGAAGAUUGCGUGGCGGAAGGCGGGUUCUUCCUUAGAACCGACCGUUCCGGACUAUCGCUAUGUAGUCAAGGAAAUGAACACUACGGAUGGUGCGGUCAGUGUUCUAGGACUAGUAAGCACAACGAGGGAAGACAGCGGCCUGUACUUCUGCAUCGCCUCAAAUUCUUAUGGACGUGAUGAACUGACCGUACAGUUGUAUAUACAAGAGCCUCCCGAUUUUCCGAGGAAUCUUCACGUUAUUGAGAAGGGUAGCAGGUACGUGAAGCUCGGAUGGACCACAAGCCAGGAUGGAAACAGUCCGAUAACUCGGUACAUCAUCGAAUACAAGACCGAUGCUGAAGUAUGGCAUGAUCACACAUUCCAUACGAACAUCCCGGGCAGUCAAGCUUUCGGCCACGUCAAUUCCUUGAGGCCGGCUGUCAGCUAUCAGUUUCGUCUAUUUGCCGAGAACGAACUGGGUCGAAGUCAAUCUAGUGAUGUUUUGGAAGUUACAACAGAAGGAGAAAUACCUGGGGGUCCACCAAGAAAUUUGAAAGUAGACGCCAUCAGUUCAACGGAACUGAGAGUUAUUUGGGAUCCCCCGGAUCAUGACCUGUGGAACGGUGAAAUCCUUGGGUAUCACGUCGGUUACAAAGAACACAGGAGUAACCCUUUGACCUUGCGCAGAUUCGCGGCUGAGCAGUACACUUAUCGAACGGUAGAGGGUAGAGUAUCAACUGCCAACGUUGCACUGGGGCUUGCGCGGACCUCGAUUCCCGGUCGGCAAUGUCAGCUGACGGACCUAAAGAAGUUUACACGAUACAGCGUUGUGGUACAGGCUUACAACGCCCUCGGGCCGGGGCCUUUGACAUCAGAAGUCGUGAUAUCGACCCUCGAGGAUGUACCAAGUAGUCCCCCUCAGGAUGUUAGAUGCACUGCAUUGUCGUCUCAGUCACUUCAAGUAUCCUGGGAUCCGCCACCGGACUCUAGUCUUAACGGGAUCCUAAAAGGUUACAAAGUGAUCUGGGAAAGCAUGGAAAACUUCGUCGCGAAUGCUAAGCCUGAAACCAAAAUCACGACAGCCUUGACUGUGGUGAUGCAUGGGUUGGAGAGAUACACAAAUUACUCAGUUCAAGCGGUAGCUUUCACCAGAGCGGGGGACGGUGUUCCAUCUACGCCACUUUACUGUUUGACGGAAGAAGAUCUUCCUGAGAAACCAGCCAAUGUAAAGGCAGUCGCUAGUUCUGCAACGUCGAUAAUUGUCUCCUGGCAACCACCACUUAGGGCUAAUGGGAUUAUCACUUCGUACAACGUGCAUUACAGAGCUGUUGGUACUGAAGGGAAAUGGUAUCGCAGGACCCUAGCACCUCAGCAUACGAGCUACCAUGCUGAGAAUUUGCACAAACCCAAUCAAUACGAAUUCGUUGUUGCGGCUGUGACUUCGGUCGGUGAAGGAGCGCACACUGCUUCCAUAAUUCUCAGACCGUCCGCUGAAGUGCGUGCGGCGAUUUAUUCAUUUGGAAUGGUCUUUGUGGUGCCUUGGAAGCAAGAUAUUACUCUCCCUUGUCAAAGCGUCGGUAAGCCAGAACCCUCGACAAGUUGGAAACAGCGAGGGGGUCAGCUGAUCAAAACUUCUGCAAAAAUAGCCGUGCAGAUCGACGGUUCGCUGAAGAUGUCAGAGCUGCAGCGUGACGAUAGUGGAAACUAUACGUGUAUCGUAGAAAACAGACAUGGGUCUGACCAGAUAACGCAUCGGCUGACUGUUCAAGUACCUCCAGCGCCUCCACUUCUGCACGCCACUAUCUCAACGAGUAACUCUAUCACUGUUCAGUGGAAACAAGGAGAUGACGGCGGUGCACCUAUAAGAGGCUACGUCCUGCAGUAUAAGAGAGAAUACGGAGAAUGGGAGGAAAUCAAGGUGUCUCACAAAAUGAGCAGCUACCUUCUCUCCCAGUUAUGUUGUGGCACCAAGUACCGCGUAUACAUAACAGCUUUCAAUCGCAUCGGCAUGGGUCUCAGGAGUGAAGUCAUCGACGCUGUGACCGAGGGUUCAAAGCCAGAUCCAUCCCCGGCGUCUGGAGACAAGUUCAUUACAGUCAAUGUUUCUUGGAUCACUCUACAUCUUCACACGUGGCACAAUGGAGGAUGUCCGCUCUUGUAUUUCGAAUUGGAAUACAGAAGAAGCGGCGAGGACUUGUGGACGCUUGUGUCAAACAACAUAGAGGUACAAAGAACUUACACGCUGAACGAACUACAACCUGGUACCAGUUACGAGAUCAGAAUUCGUGCGCACAACAAUGCGGGUUCAGCUGUUGCUGAGUAUCGUUUCACGACCCUGCAGCCAGUCGGCAGUUCUACAAUGUCCGCCAUUGAUUUAGACCAGUUUAUUCCUCAACAUACUCCGCUGUACUCGGACCUCAAGCUUAUUCUUCCGCUCGUGUUCAGCUCUUUUGCAAUAAUCGCUGCUGCUGGCGCGGUCUUUUACUGUUUUAGAAAACGACCGUUUUUGGGCGAUGUCGGAAGCUUGCACGACGCCCAGACCGCUGCGGCGUUGGACAACAAACAAAACAUGGAACAGCGCGAACAGUACUAUGCGACAGUUCGCAAAACGCUUCGAUCACCGAUCAACGAAAUGGCAACGCUGGAGAGAAUACCAGAAUACUCCGAAGACAUCUACCCUUACGCGACGUUCCAGCUGAAGGAAAGCGUCCCUGCGUCGGGGGAGAGCCGAUGCGGCUCCGCUGCGCCUCUCCAGACAUUCGUCUAUCACGACCCUCGACUUUCCACUGCAGAUACCCUUCAGCUGCGGGAGUCGGAUUGCAACCGGUACGCAAAGGUUCGCGGUGGCCGCUCGUCAUCCGUACCAUUGCACAAAAUGAACAAGGUCGGUCAGGGGAAAUCCGAGUCCGAAGAGUACGACACCCUGGGCUCGGACAGUGACACGGAAGUGGGGACCAGCAGCCGAACCGAAUCUUCGAACCACCUGGUGGACGCCCGGCAUCCGGUCACCAUGGCGGAUUCGCGUGUUCACAACUUCCUGUACCAUGGACCAGAAUCUAGCACGUCUACAGAACCCUCACCGAUUUUUGAGAGAAAAUCGUUUCCUCGAAGAGGAAGACCCAAGAUGCUACAGCUGGCGCGUUAUACCAGCGAGGAGGCCCGUGCAAGCCUCGGGUCAGUCGCCAUGUCUGCCGGUUCCAAGCACCAGUCGAGCAACGACGGAUCAGGAAGCUUGUUCGCCACCAAGCUGGAUCCACCCUCGGGUUUCACCGACACGCUUGAGUUAAGCGAAGCGGAGUGUGACAUUGACAGAGGUCGUGGACGACAUCGUAUUCCACGUGACUUCACAAUCGCCGUGUGAAUUAACUUCAUCGUUCGUUGGGUUUAUUAGGAAACUCGAAUUCCACGCUACCACUUAUUGAAUUUUAUAUUCAAUCGCUUAUCACCUCAAAUUAUACGUUCAAAGUUCACUACCUGAAUAUCGACAAGUUUUUUUAUUUAUCGCCGGUUCGAGCAAGGGGUUUCAUUAUGCAGAGUGUAGAAUCGGCAUGAGAUUUUUUAAUUUACCACAACUCGAACUGAUAACGAAUCCUAAGUAAAACAAGAGGCUGAAUUCAUGUGGCGCGAGUACAAUAUCAUUAUUGUUCAUGGUGGUACAGAGUGACUGAGACCUGACGCUUGUUUUGCAACAACGCUAGAACGAUGUAACAAGAGCCAUUAAGAUAAAUUCAUCUGUAUAUGUAUAGAAAGUGAAAUAAGUCGUAAGUCGUUAUAUGAUUAUAGUAAAUCAAAUUUUGGGAGUACUUAAAACUGGCGGUAUUGAUUAGGUACCAUUAAUUAUAUGUACAUCAAUUAUGAAAUUGAUAGCAGUGUGAUGUAAAGGGAACGUUGCUGAGGUCGCGUUUAUACGAAUUAUUUACGAAUGAAAAAAACAAAUUGUAUUCCUUUAAGCAGUUUGCUCCCCUUGUACAAAACGAUCGAACUCGUUUGACGAGUGUGACAUUUUUAAGGUUAUGAUGUUUGGACCAAGAUGUAUUGAUUAGGUUAUAAUGAAAAUAAAAAAUAAAAAUGCUAAAUUCUAAAUCAGGGUCACGCCCAAAAUAGAAUAUAUAAUAUAUACAUAUAUAUAUAUACAUAUAAAUAUUGAAAAAAAAGAAGAAAGAAGAAAAAAAGCUAGAAAAUUUUUCUAUAUUUCAGAUAAGGUAUUUCUACGAAUGAAAGAUAAUUUUUAUACAAAUUGAUUAAAUUGGGCCAUUAAGCAGCCGUUAUGGUUCUGAACAUUAGAAUAAAGUGAUGGUUCUGUUUUAUUGUUUCGAAACGCAAAAAACUCGAUGCCAAUUUUCAAAUAUCAUAUACACGCCUCUCAGCACCGUGACCGUGAAGAAACAAAUGAGUAAACAAAAGAAUGAUAGAAUCUUGGACGAGACAAAUUCGGAUGGGAUGCUAGGAAAAAGAAGAAGAACGUUAUAUGCUAUAAGGAUAAACAAAUAGAAUUGUAAAAUAUACGAAAUAAUGCAAGGAUAUCGUGAUCUGUAUAGGUGAAUCGUAAUUAUUAUUAUUACAAAGCGUCUCACACUCUACCUAAUUGCUAUCGAUAAGCUAAUUAUCACAUUAAUAUACACUAUAUUAGAUUAAAAUUCUAUAAAAUAAUUCUCGUACAAAAAUACACUUUGUAAACCGACUGACUCGAACGUCGUAAUUUCGUAUAAACCGUGCUCAUAUACUGUUGAAAUUCAUUC